AUGAGUUUGAGGCCUAUAAGGGAAGUUGUUGGCUAUCUUCAGCAAGAUGUCAACACGCAGAUCUGGAGCAGUGUAGUUACCUCUCAUGCUGCUAACUGUUUCCCCUUCUUUCGAUACAUGUCAAAAGGCGAUCUUGUUGAAGCUGUUAUACCUCAUAUGGGUGAAUCUAUAACAGAUUGCACACUGGCAACUUUCUUGAGAAAACCUGGGGACAGAGUAGAAGUCGAUGAGCCAAUUGCUCAGGUUGAAACUGAUAAGGUAACCGUUGACGUUAAUAGUCUUGAAGCGGGUGUAAUUCAGAAGCUCAUAGCUAAGGAGGGAGAUAUUGUGGCACCUGGCACAAAGAUUGCUGUCAUAUCGAAAUCUGGUGAAGGUGUAACUCAUGUUGCGCCAUCUGAUGAGAAGCCAUCUGAAAAAGCUGAUCCGUCGCCAUUGUCUCCUGCUGAAGAGAAGGAGGAGAAGCCAAAGCCUAAAGUUGAAACAAUGCCUGUCGUAGAAAAGCUUAGGGAAUCUUCCUUACCCUCUAAAUCCUCCGAUACAGAACCCCUGCUGCCUCCUGAAGAAAGGGAAAGACGAGUGCCUAUGACAAGGCUCAGAAAUUGA